AUGGAUGCCACCACUGCCGUGGCAGGGUCGACACCUGCGAUGUUUAGCGUGAUUGUCGACGCUAUGAUUGAUGCUGCUGUGGCGGGUACAGCCAGUCUUCUUCAGAACGGAAUACAUCCUGCACUUUUAAAGGAUCAGGGAACGUCUCCUGAGGGAUGUACGAUCGGUGGCCUGAUGGUGACGGAAGAGGCCGGCUUACGAGGUUAUGUUGGGAAGGCACUGCGGGAGGCUGUUACUAUUGCUCGUCUUAUGGAUGGGACCCGUCCUGUCAAUGAUACGAGAGAGUGA